AUGGCUACCAACACUGCUCCAAAGAUCAUAGACAUCCGCCAAGACGGCGGAGGUCUCACCCCGCUAGUACCUCAGAUCCGAGAGGGCCUCAAUGCAAGAGAAGGACAAGAGAAGAAGCUGCCAACACUAUUGCUAUACAGCGAGGGAUGGCUUGAAGCUUUUGAGAAGAUCACAUACUUAGACGAGUAUUAUCCUACAGGACAGGAGAUACAAGUCCUUGAAGCAUACGCUGAUCGCAUUGCCGAUCGCAUUGCUCUCGAGUCCGACUCUAUGCUAGUAGAAUUAGGUAGUGGGUAUGUACAGCCACCAUGCCGUACGUAA